AUGCGACUAAACCUGAUAACCAUUUCAACGAGUAUCAGCCUCGGACUACUCCCACAAGUUUCCGCCAUCCUGGGUACCGCAUGCAUCAGUGUUAUGUCGAAGGCAGGCAUAAUCCAAGCUCAUUUGACGGAACAAAUCCAACGACAGGCUUGCGAUGCAGGGUGCGAGCCAAGAUUUGACAGCUGGGACAAACACGCAAAAGACAUUCUUCUGCCCUUAAUCGAGGAAGCAGCAAAGAAGUGCGAUGUGAAGGACGGCACAGAUGUUUUCUUUGAGGUGGUAGACCAGUUUCACCAAAAUACCAAAGCCACCUGCGAGGAUAAAAUUCGACCUGGCGGCCAUUUUUGUGACCAUCCUGAAAGCCUACAACCCUACCUGAACUGCGCGAAGGAAAAUUCGGUGCAGAAUUCGGCGAGAGGGUUGUUAAGACUGGUCCCCUACAUGUCGGAUGGAAUUUGCAGUUGCUUAGAGGAUUACAUGAUGGGCUCCCAAUUGUGGGAGCAAGAUUUCCCAAAGCUUUUCGUGAAGUACGUUGACCAAUGCCAUGAGGAUCUGUGA